AUGAAUGAGACUGAAUAUCAUGAAGUACCACUUUCCGAAUAUGGUUUCGAACAGCAAUUCGACGAGCGAGUCGCUAUCGAAUGGAUGCAGGAAAACUGGUGAGUGAGUAGGCUAUGUUAUCACAUGGUUUGGUUUUCAAAAUGAUUAUGAAUUCACCUUGCUCUUGUGGUCGAACAGGACAGCCUGGUCAGGUGUAGCCCUUCAUCACUUCAUAAACUGCAGUGUCACGUCUGUCAUGACAAUUAGACAACACAGUUAGAGACAGCCUAAGACACAUAUUAUACGAUUUACAGGUAACGGCCAAAAUAAAGGAAACACUUGAGUAAAUGAGGGAAACAAAGUAUAUUGAAAGCGGUCUCUUCCACACCAACUUGGUCUCGUAGUAUUUCGUAUUAUUCUGUAAGUAAGCCCGAGACACUCAAUUUUUUAACGUUUUGUUAAGUUUUGUAUGGCAUGUAUUAAUUUGGAUGUCCAUCCAUUUUGUAUGAUAUGUGCCGAAUUACAAUUUGGAUACGUUAGGUAUUCCGAUUUGUUGUUGCUAAUGUUAGCUAGGUGGCUAAUGUUAUUUAGCUGACUAAUGUUAGCUAGACUAUGGGUUAGGAACUAGGUUAAAGUGCUAGGUGAAGGGUUAGCUAAAAGGGUUAAGGGAGGGGUUAGCUAACAUGUUAAGUAUACUGAACUAAAAUAUAAAUGCAACAAUUAACGAUUUUACAGAGUUACAGUUCAUAUAAGGAAAUCAAUCAAUUUAAAUAAACUCAUUAGGCCCUAAUCUAUGGAUAUCACAUGACUGGGCAGGGGUGCAGCCAAGAUUGUAGGUUCUAUCAAUUUAAUUGUUUGCAUAAUUUCUAAUCUUUUUUAUUUAAAUAUUCUCUAUACUUUUCCCUCCCCCCUACCAUCCCUACCCUAAUUUGCGUGAACUAAUGAAUAACAAUACUUCUACUGCUACUUACAGCUAUUUUCGCUCACAUCUACAGUACCUGUUAAAUAAUUAUACAUACAUUUAACAAAAAUAUAAACGCAACAAUUAACGAUUUUACUGAGUUACAGUUCAUAUAAGGAAAUCAAUAAAUUCAUUAGGCUAAUCUAUGGAUUUCACAUGACUGGGCAAGGGCGCAGCCAUGGAAAGGGGGAUACCUACUCAGUUGUACAACUGAAUGCAUUCAACUAAAAUGUGUCUUCCACAUUUAACCCAACCCCUCUGAAUCAGAGAGGUGAGGGGGGCUGCCUUAAUCGACAUCCACGUCAUCGGCGCCAGGGGAACAGUGGGUUAACUGCCUUGUUCAAGGGCAGAACAACAGAUAUGUUUUUAACCUUGUCAGCUCGGGGAUUCGAUCCAGCAACCUUUCGGUUACUGGCCCAACGCUACUACCCGCCAGGCUACCUGCCGCCAAUCAGAAUGAGUUUUUCCCCACAAAAGGGCUUUAUUACAGACACAAAUACUCCUCAGUUUCAUCAGCUGUCCGGGAGGCUGGUCUUAGAUGAUCCCGCAGAUGAAGAAGCCGGAUGUGGGGGUCCUGGGCUGGCGCGGUUACACGUGGUCUGCCGGGUUGGACGUACUACCAAAUUCUCUAAAACAAUUUAGAGGCAGCUUAUGGUAGAGAAAUUAACAUAAAAUUCUCUGGCAACAGCUCUGGUGGACAUUCCUGCAGUCAGCAUGCCAACUGCACGCCCCCUCAACUUGAGAUGUCUGUGGCAUUGUGUUGUGACAAAACUGCAGAUGUUAGUGGCCAUUUGUCCCCAGCACAAGGUGCACCUGUGUAAUGAUCAUGCUGUUUAAUCAGCUACUUGAUAUGCCACACCUGUCAGGUGGAUCGAUUAUCUUGGCAAAGGAGAAAUGCUCACUAACAGGGAUGUGCACAAAAUUUGAGCGAAAUAAGAUUUUUGUGCGUAUGGAAAAUUUCUGGGAUUCAUUUCGGCUCAUGAAACAUGGGACCAACACUUUACAUGUUGCGUUUAUAUUUUGUUCAGUGUAGUUGCUAAUUAACUAAAAUGCUAAAGUUGUCUGAGAUUUGAACACGCAACCUUUGGGUUGCUAGAUGUUCAUGUUAUACAUCCACCGCGACCACCCUCCUUUUGUUUUUGUCUUAAGUAACCUUCUGUCUUAUGUAACAUACCAAAAGUAACAUGUCAUACUAAUUUCAGUGUCCUGGAUAUACGUUUACUAUGUUACGUCUUAUCUGAGACCUGAGGGAAUUAAACAAUUAACAUCCCAUCAUUCUUAGGUCAUGUAUAAAAAUGGCUACCAUGGCUAGAAGAAGAGAUCUGUGAAUUUGAAAGAGGGGUCUCAAAGGCGCGUAGGGGGUUUAAGUCACCAGAUCUCAACCCAACUGAACACUUAUGGGCGACUCUAAAGCUGUGCCUGAGACUGCGUUUUACAACAACACCAAAUUAUGGAAUUUCUCGUGGAAGAAUGGUGUCACAUCCCUUCAAUAGAGUUAGACAGAAUCUAUGCCAAGGCGUAUUGAAGCUGUUCUGGCGCCUUGUGGUGGCCCAACGCCAUAUUAUCCUUUAUUUUGGCAGUUACCUGUACUUUAACACAUUAUUCAUAUAGCAGCCACAUUCUUUUCUUGCCUUGACAUUUGAAAUGAGAAUUUCCACAUCUAGUAGUGGUUUACUCAGGUUUUCUAGUAGAAAAGUAAAAAUAAAGUCAGCUAGACUGCAGAGAGAAAGAUUUGAAUGGUUUCUUAAACUUACAUUUUACUUACCUUUUCAAGCUAGCUACUAUCAACAUAGCCACGGGAAGUAGUUUGGGUUGGGGUAGUAUUGUACAUUGUUUUUCUUCAUGGUGAUUGAAAGUCUACAGGUACAAGCCUAUGUACAUUUACGUUUAAGUUGUUUCUAAGGAUGGUAAAUUAGUACUGCACAAAAAGUGGUUUUCCAUGACAUUUGAUCAAGAAAAAUAUUCAAUUUGAUGUGGCUGUUUUGUCUUUGCCCAUAACCGUUUUGUUCUUUCUGGAUCCAUCACAGAGAAAGGGACAGGGCAACAACUCAUACAAUUCCAACCACUGAAUCCUGCAAGAUACUGUUCUUAAUUAUACAGCUACCUCUUUUGCCAAAGUGGAGAUGCUGAUAUGUUUUGUUGUUGCCUGUGCUACAGACAUCCAUCGUCCGCUAAUACUAGUAAAGGCCAAGUGCACUACUUUUGUGUAAAUAUUAUUUUUUUAUUCUGAUUUUACAGGGUGUGCUGCAGCACCAUCAGCACCCCUACUUCCUGCAGCUAUGAAUAUAAACCAAAGUGGCUAUAGGGCUUUGCUUUUUGCCUGGAGUGUAUUUAUUACGGAAGCAAAUGAAAUGGAGAGGGACCUACCUAAAUUUGUCCAAUAGAAACUCUCAUUUGCGUUUUCCAUUUGGAGUAAGUUUCUGUUGCAACAGAAUCGGCAUAAUGAUCCCACUCCCACAGUUUCUUCUCUGCGAUGAGUAUGUAUCUGCAAACAUUCUGACCUGAUUGGUCGCCGAUGGGUUGGGCCAGAGCUAUAACACGCAUGGGUGAAUUGGCGUUUGGAAAAUGUGUCAUUGCAUCUUAUACUCCGAUUGAUUAGAUGAUCCAAUUGCUGAUGACUUUGUUUUGUACAAACCCCUCAUUUUGACGUCACGACAAAUGACUUAAACAAUGGCAGUCUCAGACAAGUAUGUAGCGAACAGAGCAGCGGAAGACUUCAGUUUGAGUCGUCAGGCAAGAUUGCUUUAGUCAAUAGGCCUACAUUUCACUUAUCACCAUAGCAAGCUGGGUGUGUCAUGUUAAAUACAGAAUUAUUUAUGGUAAAGGUAUGCGACAAUGUCACUUCAGCAAAGUCCUAGACCUAGAUUGUGCUCAAUCACUGAAAUACCUUUGCAGCUGAGUAACCUUGCCCGUCAUGAGCACAAUCUAAGGAAACUGACAGACAUGGUUGAUUAGUUUUUUUCUCUCAUCAGGAGCAAGGCCUUUGUGUACUGUGGCCUGUAUGCAGCUCUGGUCUUUGGAGGCCAACAUCUCAUGAAGGAGAGGCCUCAACUUCAUCUACGCAGGCCACUGGUUCUGUGGUCACUCAGCCUGGCCAUCUUCAGGUGAGUUAAAGCACAGAACACCCACAUUUGCCUCUGACUUUUGAAUGAAUGGAAGAUGUACAACAGGGGUCCGCAACAGGUGGCUGGUGGGCCAAAACCGUCCCACAAUAAAAAAAAAAGUAUAUAAAAAGCCUGUCAAAUCACCAGGAAUUCAGCAAAAAAUUGGUUUAAUUUAGGAAAUCUGUUUCCAAGUAUUCCCACAAAUAAAGAGACAUGAUUGUCUCAAUGUAAUCAAGGUAGGAAAAUAUUUAUUUUUUAAUACAAUUUAUUUUGGGGAUUAGUUGGGUUCAAUUUGCAGUGGUCUGUUCGCCUACAGUAAUCAUGUCUCUGGGGCUUUCAUUUUUUAAAAGAAGGUUAGGUUUACACUCUAGCACAUGUCAGCUCUCAGUAAUUCUCCAUUCAAAGUAAUGUGACCGGUGUACUGAUGUCACAAACUGAGGUUAAGCCUGAUUGUUGGAGGGCUGCCUAUUCUCACGAGCUAUGCCCUCUGUGUCAGCCAGGUGUUAUAUUUGAGUUUAACUUUCUGGCUAAUGGGAUGGUGGUCAAUGUGGGUCAGAGUUCCUUAAACAAAACCUUCCAAAAUGUGAUGUCUCAACAAACCAUCCCUGUGAAAUACUCUUGUGUGCAAGGCUGUGAUGCAAUGCUAAUGUCACUUGGAUUAGAUUAUUUUGUCACUUGCCCUCUAGUGCAAUGCUUAACUCUUUCUCUCUUAAUUGCAGUAUCGUUGGAGCAAUUCGAACAGGAUGGUACAUGCUGUAUAUCCUCUCCACCAGCGGUUUCAGACAGUCUAUAUGUGACCAGAGCUUCUACAAUGGGCCUGUGAGCAAGUUCUGGGCUUAUGCCUUUGUCCUGAGCAAAGCCCCGGAACUGGGUAAGAACCGGGAUUGGAACUAGCAGUCAUCUGUCUGAACUUGGCAUUUUGUCCACUCUUACCAUGAGUCUAAUUCAUUUAUGGCAAACCAUAUUACUUGGUCUCUCUUGUGCGUAAACCAUGCUUUGACGUUGAUUGAAGAUAUGCAGUAAAUGUUUGUCUGCAUGACUGGGACCAUGACUUUGCCGGUCCUGAAGUAUGUCCUCUCCAUGGUCUCCACAGGUGACACGGCAUUCAUCGUGCUCCGUAAGCAGCGGUUGAUCUUCCUGCACUGGUACCACCACGUCACUGUGCUGCUCUACUCCUGGUACUCCUACAAGGACCAGGUGGCUGGAGGCGGCUGGUUCAUGACCAUGAACUACUCUGUUCAUGCACUCAUGUACAGCUACUACGCAGUGCGGGCUACCGGCUACCGGGUGCCACGCCCCUUUGCCGUGGUCAUCACCACCUUCCAGAUCGCCCAGAUGGCCAUGGGGCUGACGGUCAGUUGGCUGGUCUACCGCUGGAUGCAGAAGGGGGACUGCCACUCCUACCUGAACAACAUUGUGUGGAGUUCCCUCAUGUACCUCAGCUACCUGGUCCUCUUCUCCUCUUUCUUCUAUCAGACCUACCUGAAAGGCAAAGGCGGUAACACUGGCAAGAGCUCCAAGACCGACUAA